AUGGACCUAUUUGGCAGGGACGAGCUGGAUGCCGUGUUCCAAGAGCUGAAGAUGUUGCCCAUGCUGACGAAAGUGUUGCCGGCAUUCCGCCUCAAGGCCAAGACGGAGGCGGGGAAGCAUGGACGCGAUGCGGUCGGUCACGUGAAAGAAACGGCUUUGAAUCUAGCGCGCUUCAUCAAGUAUAAACAGAGGUGA